AUGGACGACGAUGCCGUCCAAGUGUACCUCUCGCAGGCGGCUGAAAUCGCCCGCGACCGUCUCAUGUCGUACCCGCGAGCCCAGUUCGAGUCGCACCUCUUGGACGAGGCGCAGGCCAUGAUCCAAGCCGUGGCCGAAGGCCUGUGCGUUGUGGAGGUCGGCUUCUCGAUCCUCGAUGCCGCCCGCAGCGUGGUGAAGCAUCGGUGGCAGGCGGCCGGUCUAUGGCCUUGGGACCCGCUGCUGCGCUCGCCGCCAGCAGAUGGUGCCGAGUGGCCCGGGCCGAGGACGCGCAACACCGCCCCAUGCGCUGCUGGCACCCCCAUGGCCCUUUUCACACUCGAGAUGGGCGUCCGGCGGUGGCGGCUGGGUUUGAGGGGUGGGAGGGAGGCGCUCGACUCGCUGGACGAGGUCCUUCCCGCCAACAUCAACGAUAUCGUCUACGCCGAGGUAAGGGACGAGUGGCAGAGUCGGGGAAUCUGGGAUCAGACGUGGGUUUGCCUGCCGGGUCAGCUGUGGAAGCAUCAGCGGCCGUUGGAGGACGUGCUGUUUGAGCAGCUAGGUGAGCCGCCGGCCGGGGUCGAUGCUGACCAAGUCGUGCCGCUGCAGCUCGAGGUGCCGGGUGGGUUUGAUCUUUUUGUCAACCAGCCUGUUGCAGUCGGAGCGGAUGGAGAGUGGAUAGAUCCGCCGCCAGCCUAUGAGCAAGGUGAGUACGGCCGUAUUCAGGCAUUGAGUUCUGUGACAGCCGCGUCACAAAGCCGUAAUGGUAGUAGACGUGAUAGUGUGCGUGCCGAGUCAAGGGCAGCGGUAGAGCACCGGCGCCGACGACGUCAUCGACCGCGGGCCCGCUCGCCGUCUCAGAACCCACAUUUGGGCAGGGAGCGAGAGUUUUGA